AUGCUGCCCUCUUUCAGCUGCCUUGGAGCCAUGGAGAAUGGCACUGCUACCCAGAUGCCUAAGCAGAGCAUUGAUAUGCCAAGCAUGCCACCACCAGAGUCAUCUUCUCAUUAUGUGCCUGUCAAGCUUGAAGAGCAUGAACCUCCGGGUCUCAGUGUCAAGAAGUUCAUCAAGAAAGCCAGGGAGAAUUCUGGGUGCAACCGACAAAGUGUCCUUGCUGUCUUCAUUAAGCUGUUUCCUGUUGUAGAGUGGCUUCCCCGCUACAGUAUCAAGGAACAACUGCUUGGGGACAUCAUCUCCGGCAUGCUGGUUGGAAUAGUUGGCAUCCCUCAGUCCAUCUCCUACUCUCUCCUUGCAAGUCAGGAUCCCAUUUACGGACUCUACACAAACUUCUUCUCUGUCAUUAUCUACUUUGCCAUGGCUACCUCACGCCACAAUUGCAUUGGGACUUUUGGAGUCCUUUGCCUGAUGAUCGGGGAAUCAGUAAACCGACAACUGACGUUAGCAGGAUACCAGUUAGAGACUGACAUACCAGUGAAUGCCACGUUGAAUGGGACAGUUGUCUGUGACAAAAGUUGCUAUGCUAUCACUGUGGCAACUGCUUUAACCUUUUUGGUUGGGCUUUACCAGAUACUUCUAGGGGUCUUCCAACUGGGCUUCAUAUCUGUAUAUCUUUCGGAACCUCUCCUGAGUGGCUUUGUGACUGGAUCCUCCCUUACCAUCCUCACUUCCCAAAUGAGUCUUCUGCUGGGACUGAAAAUCCCUCGCCACGAUGGAGUGGGCUCUCUUAUCUUCACAUGGGUUGACAUAUUCAGAUACAUUGGCAACACCAACAUCUGUGACCUAGUCACCAGCCUGAUUGCUUUGGUCCUCAUUGUGCCAGUGAAGGAGAUCAACAACUACUUUAGAGACAAAAUGAAGGCUCCUUUCCCCAUGGAGCUUCUGGUGGUCAUUGCGGCAACCCUGCUUUCGUAUUUCUUCAACUUCAACAAGAGAUACAAAUCUAAAAUAUGUGGCUCCAUUCCCACUGGUUUCAAGCAACCUGCUGUACCGGAUCUGAGCCUUCUUUCAAACCUGGCAGUUGAUGCUCUGCCCAUUGCCAUCAUCGGCUUUGCCAUGACUAUCUCGCUGGCAGAAAUAUUUGGCAAGAAGCAUGGCUACCCAGUUCGGGCCAACCAAGAAAUGAUUGCCAUUGGCAUGGCGAACCUCGUACCAUCUUUCUUCUGCUGCUUUGUCUCUAGCGCAGCCUUGACAAAGACCCUGCUGAAGGAAUCCACCGGGUGCUGUACCCAGAUCUCAAGCCUGGUAUCUGCGUUUGUGCUGCUCCUGGUGUUGUUGUGGAUUGCCCCUCUCUUCUACUCACUGCAAACCUGCAUCCUGGGGGUGAUCACCAUCGUUAACCUCAGGGGGGCCUUGCGGAAAUUUGCCGACACCCCGAAGAUGUGGCGGAUCAGCAAGAUAGACACCGUGAUCUGGUGGGUCACCAUGCUGUCCUCAUUACUCAUCACUACAGAGCUGGGCCUCCUCAUAGGCGUCUGCUUCUCUCUCCUCUGCAUCAUCUUCCGCACCCAGAGGCCCCGAGCCACGCUCCUCGGCAAGGUGAACGACUCUGAAAUCUACGAGGACCAGUUCACUUACAAAGAGAUCAGCAGCAUUGCAAAUAUCAAGAUCUUCCGUUUCGACACCUCCCUUUACUACGCAAACAAGGACUAUUUCAAAAGUUCACUUUUCCAGAAAACAGGAGUGAAUCCUUCGCUGGUUGCUGCCCUGCGGCGAAAGGCUGAAGCAAAAGCAAACCUGGGCAAGAACGAAAGCUGCUUUUCUAUGAAGUUUAACUGCCUGAAGGGCACCAAGAGAGACGCUGCCAAGGUUUCGGUUUCAGAUGCUCCUGGCCCAGCCAUAGACAUGCACACUUUAAUCCUUGACUGUGGCGCCAUGCAGUUUGUAGACAGCGUGGGCCUCAGUGUGCUGAAGGAGACUCGCCAGGACUACAAGAAGAUUGGCAUCCAGGUCCUGCUGGCCAACUGCAACCCAUCUGUGCGGCAUCUACUCCAGGCAGGUGGUUGGCUUACUGGGAUGGAGGAUACGGAGCUGCUGUCCUUCCACAGUAUACAUGCUGCUGUGCAGUUUGCAGAGAAACAGCACCAAACUCAGCAGAUGGGCAGCAAAGUGACAGGGGAUGCUUUCCUUAGUCCUGAAGAAGACAAUGAUACCUCAAUAACACCCAGUCUGGAGGGGCAACUGUAGGCCUGGAUGGGGCAGAAUGUGCAAAGACUGGGAAAUGGUUUCAUACUUAUUUUUAUUGGUGCACAUGCCCAAUAGCUGUGAAUGACCUAAAAAGGACAUUGACAUUCAGUUUCUUGCAGCAGACCAAGAGGCUUUCAAGAGUACUGUUAAAACUCAGGAUGGUAGCAACAUUAUAAUGCUGUAGUUUUCUCAAAGGUUUCAGUCCCUCUUUAUUUACUAUUACUCAUUUCAACAAUUUAUAUACCACUUAACUUUGCAUGGCGAUGGCAUAAGGGUUUCCACUAGCAUAAUCAGGGACAACAAUUUUACUCCCUUUGGAUACUAUGUGGAUCUGAUGGAUCUAAAGAGUGAAAGAAGGAAACAUGUUUGAAAUGAUUUUCUGUUUCAGAUGUAGAGUUUUGUUUUAGGUUAUUUCCCUUUUCAUCCCUCCCAUUUUUGUUAGGUCUCAGUGUCUGGGCU